GGCAGAACUUGAACUGUAUGUGCUGUAAGUAUUACAUCGUUUCCUAGAUAACAUUCUUCACUUAAACGGUCAACUGUUAUCCUUCUUUUAUUUAAAGCAAUCAGGAAAAGAGUUACUAGAAUGAUGUUCAACAGCGAUGGCUACUUACAACACGCUGCAGGACCGGAUCAGAGUAGCCAAGGAGCUGCUUGAGAGAGUGGACAAAAUUUGCAGUCGCCAAGGCUGUGAGGUUGAGGGACGUGCUAAACUCUGCAGUAAGCUGCGGGCUGAGCUCAAGUUCCUGCAGAAGGUGGAGGCCGGCAAGGUUGUUAUCAAGGAGUCCCACCUGCAAAGUACCAAUCUCACUCAUCUGAGGGCCAUCGUCGAAUCAGCCGAGAAUCUAGAGAAUUUGGCGAGCGUCCUGCACGUCUUCACCUACGAGGGCCCCGAGGGCCAGAAGCAGACUUUGGUGGUCGAUGUGGUGGCGAACGGCGGACACACUUGGGUGAAAGCCAUCGGGCGCAAGGCGGAGGCGCUGCACAACAUCUGGCAAGGCCGUGGCCAGUACGGAGAUAGAAGUGUGAUACGACAAGCAGAAGAUUUCCUUGAGGCCAGUCGGCAGCAGCCCGUGCAGUACAGCAACCCUCACAUCAUAUUUGCCUUCUACAAUGGGGUCUCAAGCCCUAUGGCUGACAAGCUCAAAGAGAUGGGCAUCUCUGUGAGAGGCGACAUUGUUGCUGUUAAUACAAUAAUCGAAGGUGAAGAGGAUGAAGACAGUGAAGACAAACCUGGAUGUGUGGAAGAGGACCAGGAGGGAGAGAAUGAAGCUUUGGUUGAGGAGGAAGAAGAAGAGGAUGAGGAUGAUGAUGAUGAUGAUGAUGAUGAUGACGAUACUGACCUCACCCACACCCGUGUUGAUCGAGACACCAUCGUGGCCAGCCUUGCCUUCCCCACUGAAGUGAAGGUGGACGUGUGCAACAGGGUGAACCUUGACAUCACCACUUUGAUCACGUAUGUGUCGUCCCUGAGCCACGGCAACUGUCACUUCACUUUUAAGGAAGUGGUGCUGACGGAGCAGGCUGCACAGGAGCGCCAGGAGAAGGUCCUGCCCCAGCUGGAGGAGUUCAUGAAGGGAAAAGAGCUGUUUGCUUGCCAUUCCGCAGUUGAGGAUUUCCGCGUGAUCUUGGAAACGUUAGGAGGCCCUGGAGAAAAAUCCAGAGCGGAGCAGCUGCUAUCCAGGCUCAAAGUAGUUCCUGAUCAGCCGUCUGAGCGAACACAACGCUUGGUUAUGAGCUCAAAGGUGAACCGUAGAUCCCUGAUGAUCUUUGGGACAGGGGACACCCUGCGGGCCAUUACUAUGACUGCGAAUAGUGGAUUCAUCCGUGCUGCUGCUAAUCAGGGUGUGCGAUACAGCGUGUUCAUCCACCAACCCCGCGCACUCACUGAGGGGAAAGAAUGGAGAGCAACUCCAAUAUGACUGAAGGGCUGUAAAUGAGAUAUGUGUCAGGAGAUUUUUGUAUGAGAUAUUGACAGAGUUAUAGUGUAUGAAGAUGGUUAAAGUUAUAAAUGAUGCUUAAAACUAGACACUUGUGAGAGGCACUACUGUAUAAAGUGCACAACUCAUUGGAUACAGACACUCAGCAAUCUUUAUGUAAACUCAGUGAGCUCAGUGCCUCGAAUGCAGCAUUUCAAUGCAAAAAGAUGUCAAAUUAACCUAAUUUAGAUUGCAUCAAAAAUAUAGUGUCGAAACAGUGUGUAAACAGAGGCAUAUACUUUUGUUUUCAAAUCUUUCGACUACAUGCCUCAGGGUUAUUUUACUUUUCAAUUUAGUUUCUUUUCACAAACCUGAUUUUUCUAAGUUAAUCUUGUUACAUCCAUUUCCACCAGAGUACCAAAUAAACACUCUUCAAAUGGCUUUACCUCAUGAAGAA